AUGGGUUCUCCACCGCGGAAGAAAUUAAAAGAUGGUGCUGUUCCGACCUUGUUUAAUUUUACAAAACAGCCUGAGAAACGUAAAAGAACAGAAAAAAGAAUCGAAGACCGUCAGAAACGACAGCUAAUUGAUUCUAUGCUGGAAACAGAAGCAAGUGAUACUACACAACCUGAAAAUAAACAAGAAAUGGGAACCCAGACUGAAACAAAUGGCGUUGAUAAAGCUGUCAAUGCUGUCAAGUGCACUAAGACACGCGGCGUUCAAUGUCAAUCAUCACUGUAUGUGAGUCAUGAAAAGGUUGGAAUCCAAGUUGCUCCAAUAAAAGUGAAGAUUCCAACACCAAAAAAAAAGAAGGACAAAUGUUGUAAUACCGAUUUUUCUUUCUCGCCCGAUGUAGAAGUAUCGAUGUCUGUCAUAGAAGAAUUUUCAGAAUACGAGGAAGAAGCAAUUAGUAAUAAUGAGAAAAGUCAAGACGAAUCGUUCAAUUUGGAAAAUCUGUCAGAUAGUGAGAAUGAUAACGACUUCGAUGCGGACAUCCCCGACCUAAACGGCACGUGUUUUAUCGUUUUUUGGUCUUGUCUUCUACCUCUGCUACGAUUUUGUUUCACCUGUUUUAAGCCAGCUGAACUGAAUAAAAUUGCAGUUAAAGGGACUCAACUAAUCGUACAUUUGUUGUGCAGUGACCAUCAUGCUCACCAAUGGUCAUCGCAACCACUGGUGAGUAAGCGACCGUGGGGAAAUUUAUUGCUUUCCUCAGCCAUUUUAAUUUCCGGUAACACAUACCAACGCGUUAAAGAAAUGAUGCAAAUCGCAAAAAUACAUUUUUUGUCCAAAACCACCUUUUACGAAAUACAAAAAAAGUACAUAUUCCAAGCGAUUCACAAAAUAUAUUCCACUCAUCGAGAAUUGCGAUUUCAGUCUUACCUAGAAAGCAAUGAGGCACUAGACUUAGCAGGCGAUGGCAGGUGUGAUUCACCAGGUUACAGUGCAAAGUACGGAACUUACACGUUACUUAAUUCAAAAUCAAAUGAAAUAGUUGACUUUCAUGUAGUUCAUGUCGGCCAAGUUGGGAAUUCGUCGCGUAUGGAAAAACAAGGGUUGAUUGUUGUUCUUAAUCGUUUGUUAGAAAAUCAACUGUCAAUUGAAGGCAUUGCAACUGACAGGCACGUUCAAAUCCGGAAGUACAUGCGAGAAGAACGGAAGGAUAUUAAGCACCAUUUUGACGUAUGGCAUAUGGGGAAAAACAUUAAAAGAAAGUUGGUCAAAUGUGCCAAGAAAACAACUGCUAAAGAUUUACUUCCUUGGGUAAAAGCUGUCAUAAAUCAUUUCUGGUGGUGUUGCGCCUCUUGUAAUGGUAACGUGGUGGAGUUACGGGAGAAAUGGCUGAGUUUGUUGUGUCAUGUAAAGAACAAACACAAAUGGGAAAGCAACAAAAUAUAUCACAAAUGUGAACACUCUAAACUCUCUAAAUUAGAACAGCGAUCAAAAAAAUGGUUGAUGGAAGGAACGCCUGCUUAUAAAGCCCUUGAAUCUGUAGUUCGGGCUAAGUCUUUGUUGCGUGAUUUAAAGUACUUCGUCGAGUUCAAACACACAGGAAAUUUGGAAGUUUACCACUCACUCUACAACAAAUAUUGCCCAAAGAGGUUACACUUUAGCUUUGCAGGAAUGAUUGCUAGGUCACAACUCGCCGUUCUUGACUUUAAUGCUGGAGCUAGCUCCUCCCACGCACAAACAUCGUCUGGAGAGCAUCGCUAUAAGCAACAAUACUCGAGGAUUACAGACUCCUGGGUUAUCAAAAAAGUUUACACGGAAAAGCAAAGGUCGUACGUAGAGGAUAUUGUAAGUGAAGUUAAGUAUUUGGUUACAACUAAAGAAGGGUACGCAGCUCCCAAAGUCGCCGAUGUUCCAAAUUAUAUAGCGCCAAGAGAGAAACCAGAUAAAAAAGAAGCCAUUGAAAAUAUGAAAACAAGGUUUACAUUGUAAUAAUUUUUUUUUUAUUAGUAUUCAAUCCCCUCUUUAGCUCUAAGGUUGAAGUUGGUUCUUUUAUUCAGAAUCGGAAGUGCAGUGGUUAGUACUGGUUUACAUAGACAAACCAUCCCAAAAGUUUCGGCUUCAGUUAUACAUUGUUUUCCUAAAAAGAAAAUCUUAAAAAAUGACCCCCGUCUCAAGUUUUGAUUUUUGAGCGCACGUUCUCAUUCGAUUUGUAAA